AUGAGUGAAGUUCAGGCCGAGCUCUCUCAGGAGGAGAUUUGGGAUGACUCUGCUCUCAUUGACUCUUGGAACGAAGCCCUAGCAGAAUACAAGAAAUAUCAUAGUAUACACGUCAAAGGGGGAGGCGUUGGGGAUCUCGAGCCCGAGAACUCGCCGGAGGACCAGCGUCUCAACCCAAGCAAACAGCUGCCGGCGGCUGAAGGCGUCCCUGCCCGCAACCGAGCUUCGGAUGGCACCAUCUCUCCUGCCGAAAAGGCUGAUGCGUCACAAGAUGCUGCAAAGACACCCGUCCCCGUUGCUCCUCCGCCUCAGGCACUUUUGGGCUCGAUACGAGACGAGGGACUCAGGAAAUUAUUAAUGUCGUGGUACUACGCGGGUUAUUAUACGGGGCUUUUCGAGGGACAGCAGCAAGCCCAAGGGCCGCAUCCUUGA